UUUAAUUGGCUGUAUAUUCCAAUUAGCAUACAUAAUCAAAUCAAUAUCUUUUUAGAUCCAUAUGUCAAACUUCUCCUUGAUGCCAUGAAACGCUCUGGUUGUGCCGUUAACAGAGAAAGACACUUUUCUUGCGAAGACUGUACUGGGAAUGUCAGUGGAGGCUUUGAUGCGUCAGUGUCUCAGCUUCUUCCACAAGCAUCCUUGCCUGGUUUGUAUUGUUACUUUGUGGGACUUAUGCUUGUCCACUUUUUACGGAAAAUCCAGCGGGUUUUAGGAACACUCUCCAUGUUUGCGAGAGCGCUGUUGGCAUGGAAAGCGUUUGUGGAUCCUUAUAUUCGAGCUGCUAACCUCAGUGGAGACUGCUCACUUGUGAAUGAAAUAUUCAGGCUACGUUUUGGAUUAAAACAACACCAUCAGACUUGUGUCAGAGACAGAGCCAUUCUUUCUAUCCUGGCUGUUAGGAAUGUCAGCAAAGAAGUAGCUGAAAAGGCUGUUGAUGAAGUUUUUGAAUCUUGUUUCAAUGACCAUGAACCUUUUGGAAGGAUCCCACAUAACAAGACAUAUGCAAAAUAUGCUCACAGAGACUUUCAAAACCGUCAUCGGUAUUACUCAAAUAUAUGAAGGCAAUGACAUUUUAUAUUACAGAGCCUCAGUGAUCAUGAAGAAAAUAUGGUUCUCAGGUGCACAAAUGUAUAAAACAUAAAUGAUCAAUUAAAUACAGAUAAGACAGAAGAUGCUGAUCCUAGUAUAUUAUCAGAAAAUGUAACUCUGGUGAAAAAUGGAACUGCCUUAAACUUCAAGGCAAAAUUAUAUCUGUAUAGCUAGCCAUUCGGUGAAUAAGGCAAAUCAAUUACAUUUUUGUAUUUUCUACAUUGUA